AUGUCGCGCCACAACAGCAGCACCCUGUUCGAUGUCGACGAGUCGGCUACUCAACCGCUAGCUUUCCAAGGUCAGUCACGCGUGUGUGGACCACGUCACAAGCCUAGAACCGCUGAGAGCUGACUGAAUGAACCGUCCCCGUCCCCGUCCCCGUCCCCGUCCCCGUCACCGUCACCGUCACCGUCACGCUCGCCCCCUCCGACUGUCCGACUGUACGGCCAACCCGACCGACACCUCGACGCCCCCUGGAACAGACUUUGGCUCGACUACGAUCGCCUCGGAUGUGCCCUCGGGUCGGAUCUCCCCCUCGGGCGGGUCUCGCUCCGGCAGCGUCGGUGGUGGAGGCUCCUCAGCGCCGAGCAACCUGUACGAGGCCGAGCAGCGCUUCGAACAGACCCUCACCGGCGCCACAAAGUCCGGUGGAGUGCUCAACCUCGAUUUCUGUAGGUUCCCCUCGUCAGCCAUCGCCAUCGUGUUUUGAUGAGCUGUCACCCUGAUUCCUGAUCCGAGCCGACACAACCACUCGCGCAGACACGGGCUACUUUGAUGUCGAUACCGUCACCGUGCUCACACGCGGCGCAAGGACGUUCCUCCCACGCGAAGACUAUGUCGGAGAAGUACUCUCCGGUGUACCCGACCUCUACGGUGCGUUCAUUUUCGCCACGCGAGAGCAGGUUGUUCCUGUGGCGCGUGCGCUCAAGCCCGUUCUCCCCCUUCCCCCCUCCUAAAUAGGCCCCUUUUGGAUCCCGACAACGCUCAUCUUCUCCCUCUUCCUCAUCUCUUCCCUCUCGGCGUCGGUCGAGGCCUAUCUUGCGGGUGAACAGUACACCUACGACUUUACCCGACUCGGCGCUGCCGUCUCGCUCGUGUACGGGGUCCUUCUCUCUACCUUCUUGAUCAAUUUUUCGAUGCUCACCCGCCCUCUGACUCUUACAGGUACAUGUACUGCCUCGGUCUCCCCUUUAUCAUCUGGGUUGCUCUGAAGUAUUGGGCUGGGUCGACGGAGCGAUCAGCGGUCGAGAUCGUCUCGCUGUACGGUUACCAAGCCACCAUCUGGAUCGUCACGGCGGCAAGUCUAAAAGCUCAUCUCUUUGCACGAGCCCUCGCGCUUGACCACGCACUGACCCGCAGCUUUUGACUUUUAAUCUACAGUGGCUCACCCUGAUCCCUUACUCACCCCUUCGAGCGGUCCUCGUCUUGAUCGCAACCGCUCUCUCCGGCGCCUUUCUCCUGCGCAACCUCUACCCCGUCAUCGCCACCGCACCCAACGUAUCCUCGCGACUGUUGCUCAUCGUCAUCGCCAUUCUGCACCUCGUCCUCGCGAUCGCGAUGUGGGUCGGCUUCUUGGCGGGCGGGAGGGGUGUGCUGCAUACACCUCAGGUCCCGAGUAUCCCGGGGACGGGCGUGGGCAAGACCCCAACGGCGGGAAGCGAUUUACCUGCACCCGGUGGGGAUGGCGUCGGGGCGAGAUUGUUGUUCUAG